AUUGCAAGAAAGGUGCCUCGAUACAGGGUGGAUGGAGCUGAAUGAAUGAACCAAUGAAGUGAUUUCCAAUUCCGCCGCAUCACGAGGGAACACCGGAGUCAGCGCCAAGGUCAAGCCUCCCAGUUUGGAAGAAAAUCAAUCAGAGCAUCUUCCACGAUGCUUUCUUUUCCCUUCCUAACCUCACUUCUCCUCUCCCUCCACUGCUUCUCAUGGAGCUCUUGAACCCUUCUCAUCCUCUUCAGCAUCAGCAGUCUGUGGCCACCGGAGACCCCUUCCAUGGCGUCUCGCCGCCCCUCACUCUGACUUUGCCCUUCGCCUGCCAGGGAGCUGCCACCUCUCAGCUGCCCCAGCCCAUGGCUGAAUGUACUGAAUCCGUGUACGUUGCUGUCGGAAAGUCGGUGGACAAAGCUGUCCAUUUGCUUCAAUGGACUUUUGGCCGCUUUAGCAACUCCCAAAUUUGCAUUCUCCAUGUUCAUCAACCUUCCUCUAUGAUCCCAACUCUUCUGGGAAAAUUGCCUGCGACCCAAGCAAAUCCUGAAGUCAUUUCUGCUUUCAGAAGAGAGGAAAGAGAACAGACCACGAGGCUUUUGGAGAAUUACCUGAGCGUUUGCCAUGCAGCUAAGGUUAAGGCAACCAGUGUGAUAGGUGAAGCCGAGCAAGUGCACAAAGGAAUUGUUGAUUUAAUCAUCGGGCAUGGUGUUAGGAAGCUUGUUAUAGGAGCAGUGCCUGAGAAUCGCAUGAAGGUGAAAAGGAAUUCCAAGAAGGCAAAUUAUGCUGCCAAGAAUGCUCCCCCAUUCUGUGAGAUAUGGUUUGUCCACAAAGGUAAGCACAUAUGGACAAGAGAAGCUUCUGAGAAUCCUUGUUCCUUGUCUUUACAAUCUCAAUCUGAGACUGCUGCCUCAGACAGCUUGAUAACUAGAUCGUUUCAAUAUGGUAAGAGUGAAUUAUUCCAUAGAUCAAAUUCUGCAAGAACUGCACUCUGUACUGGAACUGGUAGUUUGUCUCAGGGUGAAAUCUUAGAAGUGGGCGCGACUUCUUCAUCCAAAUCAUCUGCUUCUACCAGUUACUCUUCUCCCCAAAAUUCUACUGGGGAUUAUUUAGAGACUUCUGAUGAUGUUGAAGAAGAUAGACUUCGUAAUCAACUUGCCGAAGCCAGAAUAGAAGUUGAAGCUGCGAAAGAUAAGGGUUUUGCAGAGCUUUUGAAAUGCAAAAGACUUGAAGCAGAAGCUAUGGACGCCAUAAAGAAGGUCAAUAUGCUUGAAUCUGCUUAUGCAUAUGAAGUAAAGCUAAGAAAGGAGGCAGAGAAUGCACUGCAAGCCACAGUACAGGAGCAACAAGAGCUCUUGUAUGAGAGUGAAGAAGUUGCUAGUAUGCUGCAGAGGACCAUGAGAAAUAUUGCCCUUCUGGACAGUCGUGCACAGGAAGCAAACCGCCGGCAUGAUGAAGCUGCAGCUGAGUUGUUAUUAAUUCAAGCAUCCAUCUCAACCCUGUGGCAUGAAAGGCAGCAGAUCAGGAGACAAAAAAUGGAAGCCCUCCGCUGGCUUGAGCGAUGGAAAAGUCGGGGGCAUUUUGGAGCUGUACACUGCCAUGGGGUCGUUGGAUUUGCUGAAGAAUUAUCAGAGUUAGCAGAAUUUUCACUUUCUGAUCUUCAAAAUGCUACAUGCAAUUUUUCUGAGAGCUUCAAAAUUGCACAGGGAGGAUAUGGUUGUAUUUAUAAGGGGGAAAUGCUGGGCAGGACAGUUGCUAUAAGGAAGUUCCAUCCACAUAACAUGCAAGGACCGACUGAGUUUCAUCAAGAGGUUCAAGUUCUUGGCAGUCUCCAGCAUCCUCAUCUAUUGACUUUGCUUGGUGUUUGUCCUGAAGCCUGGUUACUAGUGUAUGAGUACUUACCCAAUGGAAGUCUUCAAGACUUCCUAUUCCGGAAAAACAACAAUUCCGCUCUGACAUGGAAUAGCCGAUCACGCAUGAUUGCUGAAAUUGCUAGUGCUCUUUGCUUUUUACACACUUCCAAACCUAAAACUAUUGUCCAUGGUAAUCUAAAGCCUGAAACAAUUCUUCUUGACUCUGCACUUAGUUGCAAGAUAUGCGAUUUUGGGUUCUGCAGACUGUUGACAGAGGAGUCACUCUAUCGUCCUAGUUUCAGAUUCAGCAGUGAGUUAAAAAGUACUUCUACAUAUACAGAUCCAGAGUUUGAGAGGACUGGAAUACUAACGCCGAAGUCUGAUAUCUAUUCCUUUGGACUUAUCAUUUUGCAACUCCUCACUGGCAGGACUAUUCCAGUUGGGUUAGCAGGUGAGGUACGCAAGGCAGUAUCAUGUGGAAAAUUGUGUUCAAUUUUGGAUUCUUCAGCUGGAGAAUGGCCUUCAGUUGUAGCAACACGAUUGGUUGAACUGGGACUGCAAUGCUGUCAGCAAAAUGGCAGAGAUAGACCCGAGCUUACACCUACUCUGGUGAGGGAAUUGGAGCAAUUGCAUGUUUCAGAAGACCGACCAGUGCCAUCAUUUUUCCUGUGUCCCAUCCUUCAGGAAAUAAUGCACGAUCCCCAGGUUGCAGCGGACGGAUUCACUUACGAAGGGGAAGCCAUACGGGAGUGGCUGGAAAAUGGUCAUGAUACUUCUCCCAUGACUAAUUUACAAUUGAGUCACCUGCAUCUGACGCCCAAUCAUGCACUUCGUCUUGCGAUCCAAGACUGGCUUUGCAAAUCCUGAAGUUCGUAUCCAGCCAUUCAUGUAUGUUGCAAAUAUUUGUAAAUGUUAGUUUUGCAUUCCGUUGUGUUAUUUCGACCCAGCUUCAUCAUCGGAGCUCAUUCAGUGGUACAGAAUCAUUCAGAUGCGAUCAACCUGACAAAUUAUACUGUUGUACAUACAGAGUUGCCAUUAAAAUUCUAUAGUUAGGGGAACUAUUUUGCGGAA